CACUCGGAACGGCAACUCGAGGCUUCGUUGUAUGGUAGACUAAGACCACACUAAAAGCCGCCGCCUCUGCCUCCGCCGCCGUCCGCAGCCUCACUCCUCCGGUCGCUUAUGUCUAUGUCGAUGGUUUCAACUAGUCCUCCUUUUCCUGAAGACAGAAUCAGCCAAGCAACAGUCACAAAAGCAGUAAAAGCUCUGAUAAAAUGGAGAAAACUCCACUCCAUAACAACCCAAAAUAAACCAGCUGCAGGAGAAGAAGAAAAGCAAGAACUUCUCGAAGAUGAAGAUGGUAACGAAGAAGAAGAUUUCAUUUACCUCUUCUUGACCCUCAAGAAAAUCCCACCAAAAGAUUCGUCCAAAAUACCCCACAAAAUUUCACUCCCAAACCCGCUUCACUCUCUGGCUGACGGCAACCUCAGCCUUUGCCUGAUUAUAGAUGACCGACCCAUCAAAUCCCCGUAUAGAAUUACUGCAGAAUUUGCUCAAAAGAAGGUGAAGUCUGAGGAUAUUCCCAUUGAUAAGGUUGUCAAGCUGUCCAAGCUGAAAUCAGAUUGCAAGACUCUGGAGGGAAGGCGAAAGCUGUAUCAAUCAUACGACAUGUUUUUUGCUGAUAAAAGGGUUGUUUCGUUGCUUCCAGGUGUUUUAGGGAAGCAAUUUUAUAAGAAGAAGAGGAAAAUUCCCGUGCCGUUGGAUUUGAGGAGCAGGGAUAAUUGGAAAGAGCAGAUUGAGAUGGCAGUAAAUUCGGCAUUGUUAUGCUUUGGGAGUGGGAGUUGUAGUGUUGUGAAGGUGGGGAAAUGUGGUGGGAUGGGGAGUGAUGAGAUUGUUGAGAAUGUCUUUGCUGCUGUGAAAGGGAUUUCGGUGGUUGUUCCAAAAAAGUGGGAUGGGAUUAGAGCCUUGCAUUUGAAGCUCUCGGAUUCUUUGGCAUUGCCUGUUUAUGAUGGGAAUUUGGGAUCGUUGAAUGCAGAGGAUCGAGUUGAAGAGGGAGAUCUGGAGGGGAAGAAAAAUGGGAUUUUGGAGCUUAAGAAGAUGAGACAAGGAAGAGAAGGUGCAUUGAAGAGGUGAAGAGUGAGGAAAGGAUGUGAACCGAAGAAUUAAGAGAAUGGAAAUAUCAACGGGGUGAGUUCUGUGCAGUUACACUUUGUGCCUCCUACUAAUGUGAGAUGUUCUAGGGGUCCCGCAGCAAAUACCGGAAGAGCCAACAGUUUGGGUAAUAAUGUAUUUUGGGUUACGGAUAGUGGAUAUUGAAAGAACUGUUGGCUUCUUAGCUUCCAUUGUUAUUUUUGAUUUUGUAUUGAUACUUGAUACAUGCCGGCCUUUUGAGGCAUGCAAUGACAUAGCCAAGAGAAGUAAGAUUCUGAUGGUCUGACUUCAAGUUUCUUCCUUUGUGUUUGAUUGUUAACACUAGUUUGUCAUUUGAAUAUUAAGUUACACCUCGUUGCUUCCAUAUUGGGUUA